AAGUGAUAUUUAUGGAUAUGGAAUUAUUGCAUAUGAAAUUUGUACAGGUUUUCCUCCUUAUUAUGAUAUAGCUCAUGAUGAAUUCUUAGCAAUGAAAAUUUGUAAGGGGUUGAGGCCAAAGUCUAAUUAUAAAAUCCCUCAAUUAAUUUUUGACAUUAUUAAUCAAUGUUGGGAUGCAGACCCUUUAAAACGACCUGAUGCUAAUAAAUUAUAUGAGUUAUUUAAUAAUUUAUGGUCAAAUUGCGAUAAAAAAAAUUAUAUUAUCAAUAAACAAACCAAUGAAGCAGAUGAAAUUAAUAAAAAGUCAUCAUCUUCAUCUUCAACAGCUCAAUUACCAUUAUCUUCUACAAGUACACUCUCAUAUAUAGCACAUACUCAAGCAGUUUAUAUAAGUAAGCUUUUAGAUUUUAAGAACCUUCCAGAACCCAAAAAUGCAGACAAUGAUAAUUUAGAAUAUUCAG